CGUCUCUUGCCCAGGUUGUGCGUAAAUCUUGUUCGACAGGUCUGUGCAAUCUGACCAUAUUCGCCAAGCCACCUUCCUUAGGGCAUUGUUGUUCCUGUGUAGCAUUUACCUCAUUGCCUGCCGGCUCACUCCUGCUGCUGCUGCUGCUCUAGCACAGAAGUCGAUCCGUCAAACAACGUGACGUUCUAGUUCUAUUGAUCAACACGUGGCAACGGGCGUGAUAGGCUCAACAUUAUACCCCCCCAAGAUGCGUAUGCCCUUUUGAUGGCAAAAAGUUGGUGAUCCAAGUAGCUUGGUUUACACUCUGUACAUUCGAAUUUCUUUUCGUUCCAAACAAAGUCCGUGUAGCUUGCAAACAGCAUACUUCUAUUUCAACGUGAGCUGCCGUUGAACCUGAAAUACGCGCGAGACACAGAUUGCUGAACUGGGAUUUAUUUUCCGCCCCUUGAAAUACAAACCAAAGUCGUGUCCACCGGUAGACUCUCCCUAGAAGCAGACAUGGACCAGGAGCGGCCCGUCUACUAUGCCAACGAGCUUAAGCCAGUGGACAUUACGGAACCGAGCCUCAGGCAAAUCGUUCAAGAGCUGGAAGGUGAUAUACAAAAAGGAAUUGAGGCCAUCAAGAGAGAGGACGGCGCAAGUCAUAUCGAGAACUUCGGGUCGAUCUUUAGUGGGUAUCUUGGGGAAGCAUACGCAUUCUUGUGGCUUGACUAUCAGUCGAGAGAUUCACACAAGACCGGAGAUGCCACUGGCGCCACUGCACCGAAUCUGCUGCAAGACGCCCGGCUCAGGAUCGACAUGAGCAUCGGGCUCUCCACUCGAGAUGUCAACCCGGGCCGGCCGUCGCCCAUCACGUCGUCCACCAUCGGUGCGCUCGUGCUCCGCGUGCUGUCCGGGCAGUGGCAGGAACAAGAUCCAAAAAACCUUCUUGCGGUGUUGGAGAUUGCCGUCGCCCAGGGGCCAACCUUUCGGUUCCUGGAUCGUCCCAUGGGCGUGGACGAGCUCGUGUACGGCCGUGCCGGCCUGCUGUGGGCCAUCCUGGAGAUCUGGAAGAGAUGUCCGGAUCAAGAGACGCAGAGUGCCUUCGCGCCCGUCUUCCAAAGCGUGCACAGGCUCGUGAGGGCCAUCGUCGACGCGGGACACGCCGGUGCGAAGGCCUACCGCGACCGAGCGGCCAAGGAGAGCUCGGUGGACAUGCCACUCAUGUGGCCGUGGUUCGACGACUUUUACGCCUUGGGCACAAUGCACGGCAUAUCGGGCGUGCUUGGGACUCUGCUGGAUCCUGCCUUGCCCCGACACGCAAUGUUCGUCGUCGACGCGUACGAGAAAAUGGCCCAGACCAUCUCCGCUCUUUGCAAGCUCUGCAUUCAGGACGACGGACAUCUCGCGAUGACCGUGCCCCCGCGGCCGACAUCUCGGCCCAUGCCUCUCGUGCAGAUCUGCCAUGGUGCGCCUGGCGUGCUCACCCUACUCGCAGCGGCGAGGCGCAAUGCCAGAUUUGCAGCGCAGUACUGGACUGCGGAGUGGGAUGAGGCCAUCGCUCGCGCGAGCGACGUGAUCUGGAAGCAAGGCCUUCUUUCCAAAGGCUGCAGCCUGUGCCACGGUCUAGCAGGCAACGCACUGUCCCUGCUGCUCGUCGUCGAUCCACUUGGUGACACCAGUACGGACGGCUACCUGGCGGCAGCUCUGGCCAUGCUCCUGGAGGCAAAGUCGACGCCGCCAUUCUGCUCGGGAGAGACGAGGUACCGCAUGCCGGACCGUCCAUGGAGCCUGUUCGAAGGCUUGGCCGGUGUUUUGUGCGCGUGGAGCGAGGCGAGCUUGCUCAUCAAGCUGAAGCUGAAGGUCAUGGACCGCACAAAGCAAGGGAUGGUUGACCCGACCCUUCUCGCCAAAGAUGAGGAAAUCAAGGAGCUCCAACGCCGCCUCUUGGGCUUUCCGUGUCUCGUCGGCGGCGUCAGCGGAGACGCCCAGUCAUCGUUCCUUACAUGAAGGGCCUCCCUGGGCGUUGCAAAGGAAACCAACGGUAGACUUGGAGCUGCAAGCUACGCGGAAACCGCUGUGGCAGGCAUGAACGUGUUCGAAAUCACGGUUUCGCCGUUCGGGACUGAAGUGGCAUGGUAUCAAGCGUUUUUAGGUCGAGAAGCGAUGUGAAGCGUACACUUGCAUCUGCAGGGAUCGGCGCCAUCUGUUCUGCAUACCGUGGGCAUUCUCUUGAUCGCAGAGCAAGAAUGCAUGACACAUGUUGGGCUUGCCGCAAAGACCCAAGUACUUCUGAGCGAUUUGCCUUCCUGACGAGCAAAGAGGGGGGAUACAGCUAACGACCUCUUCAACUGCUUUGUAUACAUGCUAAGUGUCCUGAGUCUCAAAUCCAAAGCUUCGCUUGAUUUAGCCCUGCUAAAGACAUUGUGAGCAGUCAAGCUCAGCCUAGCGAACCUACGUUGCGGCUGUUUCAUUCUGACGAAUUUGAUUCUCAAUUGAUCGCAGCUUAAGGACGCAGUAUCUGGUUGGCUGACAAAGCCCGUUCAAACAAUUAUCCUUUGACGUUUGAACCCAAGCUGUCUAUUGUUAAGCGACGAGCAGUCCAUCGCUUGAGAUGAUCAGGCACUUCUUCCGGGAUCCAUGCUAUGAAAUGAACAUCUGUUCCUUUUUUUUUUGUGUACGAAUGUUCGGUGCAAGAAUUGAUUUCUGUUACAUAGCUCCUGGCUCCCUCAACAUGUAGACGACAUGAGCCUGAAACAAAGACAGCAUCGUGAUCUCCUGGUUGGCUUGAAAACGCAGAACGGAUGGGAAGGUGAAGAAUUGCACAGUAAUGUGGCUACAUCAGGGGCGUUCAUUAGCGAAGACGUUCAAAUAUAAGUUUUCAAUGCGCCGAAUAUGCUUUCUCAAUAAUAACUCGGUACAGCUACGGCAGCGAGCCCAACAGGCAAGCCACACUCAUCGGUUGAUAAAGCCGCUGGCACACAUCGAAAUCGUGGGCACGUUGUGCUAUAUAAGCAGCGGUAUAGAAACAACAUUGGCACGCAGGCCAUGUCAUGACAGGAAGAGAAACCCGCAAGAUGUCACAGUCGCGUCUAGAAAGAAGAGGGUAGAAGGGCUAGCAACGCAGUACAAGAUUCUAAGAAAGGGAAGCUCAGAGCCUCAGGCGAAUGAUUAACCAAGAGAGCAAGGGGUCCAGUCCGCAAAGGGCUAUACUUGAUACCCGGUUGUACGUCUUUCCAUUGACCUGGAGGGUCUGUGGACGCAGGCUCUUUAAUUCAAAGAUUAGAGCAUAAGUUUAGGGGCUCAAAGUGUGGUAGAUGGAUGGAAAUCCAGCCUACCAAAAGAGGCUCGCCGAUUUGGUAGCAAC